UUACUAAUUAUUAUUUUUUUACGUUUUAUCAGUAAUAUAGUUAAAUUUUUAUUGUCUAGUCUAGACACAACUUUUUCGUUUCUUUUUUUUUUAUAUUUUAUAAAUACAUUUCAACGAUGACAUUUAGAUUAUUUUGACGAAUUCAUAUUUGUAAAAAUUCUUAUAAAUAACUAGUACAGCAAUAAAAUCCCUAAAGAAAACACUAAAAUGUUUUUACUAUAGUAUAGCAGACUACGCAAACUUGCACAGCUGUAGAGUGGGGAAAAAUUAACCGGUGCGUUUUCUUGUAUAUUUUUUAAACCACGUCUGUGCAGUCAGCACGAGUCAAAAAAGAUUGCAAUAUAAACCGUAAUAACCUUACUGUGCCUUGCUUAGUUUAAUUCGUUUGAUAAAUAAAAAAAAGCUUUCAGAAAAAAUGAAUUACUAUAAUUCUACAGAAGGUCUUCCUUCGUCCGACUCCAAUAAUCAUAAUUCCCAAAUGCAAUUUAAUGACAGAGUGCGACUAACACCUGAAGAACAGAGAGUUUUGUCUCAAUGUCUAAAAGAAGGAAUUGUUACUAGAGCUAUACCAUUAGCAAUAUUAGGUGGUGUAGGUGCAUUUGCAGGAGCAAAAUUUGGAAUAUUAUCUCACGCACGAUGGGGAGCAAAACCAGCUGUAAUAGGUUUUAGUCUACUGGGUUACUUUAUAGGUAGAAUAUCAUACAGCAAUGUCUGUGUGCAAAGGGUUCUAGAAGUUCCUGAUGGCAAUAUGAGAAAAAUAUUGCCACAUUUGAAUAAAUCAAAACCAAGGGAAAAUAUUGAUGAUAUACCAAUGAAUUAUGUAACAGUUGAAGGAGAAAAAAACCCAGAUCAAUUGUGGACACGUCAAAGUGUAUCAACAGAUAUUGAUAUAGCAUCAACUAGUUCUUUUGAUACAAUUCCAUCAGAUUAUUAUCCAACACGAUCUGAAACAUUGACACAAGAACCCAAAAACUACACUAGUUAUGAUGAUUUGAGAAACAAAAAUAGGCAAGAAUAUAACAGCAGACUUUACCCAGAAGGUAAAAGAAACAUACCACAGCAAGGGUAUGCUGCUCCUGCACCUAUAGAGCCUCCAGUUUACAGAAGACCAGAGCCAAGAGAUCAAUACCUAGAGGGAACUCAAAAGAACAAGUAUGGCGAUGUAUGGGGAACAUAAUAUGUUAUGUUUUAAAAAUUUUUAAAAAAUAGUGUAAAAAUAUUAUAGAAAGAUUCAUAAAUCUGGUGAUUGAUUUUGUAUCAUAUAUUUUCAAAAUCAAAAUCUUUAUUAUUUAAU